AUGGAUCACCCCACGAAGCGAUCCGUACUUAAGAUCAUAGCUUCCAUCUACGAUUCGCUUGGUUUUAUCGCACCGGUGACGGUAGUCGCGAAGAUGUUCUUGCAGAGUCUUUGGAAAAAGCAGUUACAAUGUUACGAACGUCUUCCCGAAGAUAAACAAAAAAAAUGGACCAGUAUUACAUCCUCCUGGACUCAACCGUAUCUCGAACUCCCCCGCAGAAUCGUUUCUUCUGAAUUCGAUUGGCAAUCUUCCCAAAUUCAUAUUUUCACCGACUGGUCAUGUCAAGCCUACUGUGAAGUCGCUUAUUUAAGAUUGGCAACUUCACGCCAAGUUGAAACGAAGCUGUUAAUGGGAAGAACUCGACUAUGGCCGCUUCAUAACACAGUCACCAUUCCACGAUUUGAACUCAGUGUCCUCACACUCGGCUCUUCUCUCAUGCGCCAUCUUACGCAUGAACUGAAAAUCACCUUCCAUCAACUCUAUGGUCAGACUCUAAAACUGCUGUUCAGUGGGCAAAGACGACAUCAAGCCUCCCAGUAUACGUACAAAACCAUGUCAAAGACAUCAAAAAGAACGCUCCCAAUGCGAUCCUCCGGUAUGUACCCACGAAUUACAACCCCGCUGAUCUAA